AUGUCUUCAGCAACAAAGUCCCAUGCAAAUGGUCGAAGGCCAUCUGCGGCAUCAAGAUCAACAGCCCCUUCGAUCAUGACGAUGAACGGCCACUUUGCUGCUGUCGGUGAAGCCCCAACAAAAGAGCAGUAUGAGCUCGGUAUACAAGUCAUUGACGAGGAACAAGCAUUCACGCCACAUCUUAAUACAUAUCUUCAGAUCACCGGCGCGGCCCAGUCUGGCUUCAACUACCACCUUAUCUCAGUCUUUGGAUCGCAGUCCACCGGAAAAUCCACCCUGCUGAACAACCUCUUUGGGACGGAGUUUGGGGUUAUGUCGGAGACCGAGCGGCGGCAGACUACAAAGGGAAUAUGGAUGUCCAACAACAAGCGGGAGGGAGGUUCGGGGCCAGAGAAGAUGGCAGAGAAUAUUCUAGUAAUGGAUGUAGAGGGUACGGAUGGCCGAGAAAGAGGAGAAGACCAAGACUUCGAAAGGAAAAGUGCCCUAUUUGCUCUGGCUACCAGUGAGGUUCUUAUUGUCAAUAUUUGGGAACAUCAAGUUGGACUAUACCAAGGGGCGAAUAUGGGGCUCCUGAAGACAGUAUUUGAGGUCAAUCUGCAGCUCUUUUUGAAAGACAAGCAGUCGAAUCCGCGCUCCCUCCUGUUUUUUGUAAUCCGCGAUCAUAUCGGCGCAACCCCUCUAUCGAAUCUCCGAAACACCCUCAUCGCAGAUCUAACGAACAUAUGGACAAGUCUUUCAAAACCAAAGGGUCUGGAGAAGUCAAAGAUUGAGGAUUAUUUCGAUUUCGCGUUUGCAGCAUUACCACAUAAAAUUCUACAACCGGACAAGUUCGUAACUGAGGUCGAAAGAUUAGGGACAAGAUUUCGAGUAGGGCAUAGAUCUGCAAAAUCACAUGGUCUGCACUCAGACCACGAGCUCGAGGGGGGAGUCUUCCUACCGGAGUACCACAGACGGAUACCCGCGGACGGUUUCUCAGUAUAUGCCGAAGGGAUAUGGGACCAAAUUGUCAAUAAUAAGGACCUAGAUUUGCCAACACAGCAAGAACUUUUAGCCCAGUUUCGAUGCGACGAGAUUUCACGAGAAGUGUUGGAGGCUUUUGAUGCCACCAUUCUACCGCUCGAGGAGAAGCAGGCUGAGGGCGUAAGACUUGGGAAGCCAACAGUGCUAAAGAAUCUCGGUAUCUCUGGAAAGGCUGCACGGGUAAAGACCGUCAAGGCGUUCGAAACGGAGGCUAGCAGAUAUCAUAAAGGAGUCUACACAAGAAAACGUGUCGAGCUCGAAGGCAAGAUUGAUAUCAGACUCAAGGCUUUAUACCAAGGUCAGCUCACAGCAGCGCACAAGUCGGGGGUUGCAUCAUUCAGCGACGCUGUGGCUGGUGCUGUUAAAAUCGGACAGAAAAAGGGAGCAUCCUACGAAUUUGCUGAUAUCGUGGAACGCGAGAAAGCGGUUGCUCUGGAGCAAUUUGAGAGCGAAGCUAAGAGUCUCGCAAUUGAGGGUGUUCCGUGGAGUAACUUCAAGCAGCAAUACAGCUUGUACGAGAAGGAUCUAGACGAGGUCAGUGCACGCUUACGAAAGGAAGAGAUGCGUAGACUCGCAACUCGAGUGGAAAGAUGGGUCAGAUCGCGAUUGGGAGAGUCCGUUGGAUUGGAGUUCAAUAAGCUCGGCUCCGGACGAGGUGGAAGUGGCGCCCCAGAAACCGGCGAGAAACCUCUGACAGAAAAAGAUCUGUGGGACAGGAUAUGGAACGUCUUUAUUGCUACUGUCAAGGAGGCUGAAACACGCUUCGUAGAAAGAGCAAAGAGUUUCGACGCCAGUCAGGAUGAGAUUGAUGUCGGAUUAUGGAGACUACGACGGAAAAGCUGGGGAGUAUUGAGAGCGAAGAUUGAUGAGGAAGUUAUGGAAGGAAACAUUCUUCUCAAACUGCGCGAGAACUUUGAGGACAAGUUCCGAUACGACGAGGCUGGUGUCCCAAGAAUUUGGCGGCCGACAGAUGAUAUCGAGGGCAUGUAUACGAAAGCAAAAGAGUCAACACUUACUUUGAUACCGCUGUUAUCAAGGUUCAGGUUAGCCGCAACAUACGCACCUCCCGAGCUUCCAGACUGGAUCGGCAAUGCGCCUGCGAGCGUGGAUCCAAAAGACGAAGAAGACCUGACCCCAAUUGGUGGAGUGGAUGAAGAAGAGGGCAAGAGUCUUGAGGAAGAGAUGACGAUUCUCGGCGAAGCCAAACGCCAGGACCUCGUAGUGAGGUUCAAGAAGACGGCCGAUGGGGUAUACGUGGAAGCAAAACGGAGCGCCAUUGGUGGCGUUGCCCAAGUUCCUUUGUAUUUCUAUGGUCUACUACUGGCGCUGGGUUGGAACGAAAUCGUUGCUGUGCUCCGCAAUCCCGUCUACUUCAUCUUCCUCAUCCUCCUCGGCGUCGGCGCCUACGUAACCUACACCCUCAACCUCUGGGGUCCCAUGAUCCGCAUGGCCAACGCAGCAUCCUCUCAAGCCGUCGAAAUCGGCAAGGAGAAACUACGUGACUUCCUCGAAAACUCCGAGACCGGUCGCCAGGCCAUAGGCAUGAAAGCCAGGGAGGAUAGCGAUGGCAUUAGCUUGAACACGCUGGAUAGCAGGGGUAAUAAAAAGGAUGCUGAGGACGAGGACGAUGAUGAUGAUAUUUAG